AUGGCCUCCUGGAAACAGCUCCAAGACAAUAUCCAGAUCAUGGGAGCCGGCGUUGCUUUAUUUUUGAAUUGCAUCCUGAUUAACAUUAUUACUAAGCAUUCACCAAAAGAAAUUGGUGAUUAUAAAUAUUUGAUGUUAUUUAUUUCAUGUUUUGAAAUAACAUAUUCUCUGCUUGAUGUAUUAGUUCAGCCUAUGUUCCACUCAUUCCAAGCAACAUUUGUGUUAAUCGUAGACACAUCAAUGUCUAAAAUUGAUAAGCUUUUUUGGCAAACUUUUGCAUUUAUCUACGCUGAUUUCUUCGCAUCCACCAUGGCAAUAUUCUCCAUUCAUUUUGCAUAUCGGUACUGGGCUAUCAGCGGUGUUAACGAAAAUAUGUUGAAAUGGUUUCGAAGGCCUCGAAUUUUCAUUUGGCUUCUUGCACCAUGUUUAUUCUCGGCAAUUUGGACAAUUGAUAUCACUGCUGGAUGCCUUCCACGCAAAAGUUCAAAUGAUUAUUUGAGAGAUAGUAUGUCGGAAAGACUUGGCUUGAACGUCAGUGAAAUUGUAUAUUUUGCUCCAUAUUUUUAUGAGUUCAAUGAGAAUGGUGAAAAAGAAAUUUUUUGGCCAGCUCUGGCUGCACUCUUUUUGAACUCAUCUACUAUUAUUAUAUCUCUUGUGUUUUCAAUCUACUAUGGAGUAAAAUGUUGGCGAAGAAUGCACGCAAUUUUUUCCAGUUCCUCUUCCCAGUUUCAAAAUAUUCAUAGCCAGCUAUUCUACGCUUUGGUUGCUCAAACAAUGAUUCCAGUAUUCUUAAUGCACAUACCAGUUCUCACAAUGUUCAUUUUUUCAUUAAUGGAGAUUGAUGCUGGAUCUUUCAGCAGUAUCGUAUCAAUGACAAUUGCACUAUUUCCAACUUUAGAUCCACUGCCAACUAUGAUCAUUGUGUCUCAAUAUCGGAAUGUGAUCAAGAAUUACUUUAUAUCUCGGUUCAAAAAAUUCCGUAAUUCAAAGUGCGGAAAGUUUCUAAAAAGGAAGAAAAAAAGAGUAAACCGCAAUACGGCUGUCGUACUCCAGAGCUAA